UUCAAAAAUCGAAGCCACAAAAAAAUCCACAUCUCUCAGUCUCCGCUUCCCAAAAAAUUCAAUUAGAUUUUGAAAUUCCAGCGAAGGGGGAGGAGACACACACACACACACGCACACGCACACGCACACAGAUCUUCAAAUUUCAUCAAUGGAUCAUUCAAAGGUUCAAGAGAUCGUGGAGAAGCAGGUAUUGACGGUGGCGAAGGCCUUCGAGGACCAGAUCGACGAAGAGAUUGCGGCUUUAGAUCGACUCGACCAUGACGAUCUGGAAGCUAUUAGAGAGCGGAGGUUGCAGCAGAUGAAGAAGAUGGCGGAGAAGCGAAGUCGUUGGAUCGGUUUAGGCCAUGGUGAAUACUCUGAGAUUCCAGCUGAGAAAGACUUCUUUUCCAUUGUUAAAGCUAGUGAACGAGUCGUUUGUCACUUCUAUCGCGAAAAUUGGCCUUGCAAGGUGAUGGACAAGCACUUGAGUGCACUGGCAAAGCAGCAUAUAGAGACACGUUUCGUGAAAAUUCAAGCUGAGAAAAGCCCGUUCUUGGCUGAGAGGCUCAAGAUUGUUGUUCUUCCUACACUUGCCCUUAUCAAAAAUGCCAAAGUCGAUGAUUAUGUGGUUGGGUUUGAUGAGCUCGGGGGAACAGACGAGUUUUCCACUGAAGAUUUGGAGGACAGAUUGGCUAAAGUUCAAGUCAUCUUCUCUGAAGGCGAAUCGUCAUCGAAGCCCAGAACACAAACCAAAAGGAGUGUCCGACAGAGCUUGAACCCAGACUCGUCCGAUUCGGAUUAACUGUGGGUUGUCUCGGUUUGUAAGCUUUCUUUACCUGUUUCAGUGGAAAUCAAUAGGAUUUAUCAUCAUUCCGUCUUUAAAUACUGUCAAAGCAAAUGAAGAGAAUAUCAUUUGUUGUAUGAAUGAGAUCAUUUAAUCAUCUCGAUAUAUAUAUAUAUGCUCAAUCUAAUUUUGCUGUAA